UCCUGACCUCUGUCUCUGAGCGGGAGUUCAUUGAGGGGCGAAGACGUGCUCUCCACAGAUUCCUUAACCUGGUGGCGCGGCAUCCCUUCUUCUCAGAGGACGAGCUGGUCAAGACUUUCCUCACCUUCAGCGGCUCCGAUGUUCAGACUAAGCUGCGUGACAUUUACAAGAAAACGGGCGACGAGUUCAUGACCAACAGAAUUGCAACACUAGCAAAGGAAUAUCUCCCAUCUGACAUUCAAGCCCAGUUCUCGACAAGCAGAGAGCUGAUCAGAAACAUCCACAACAGUUUCAACAAGCUGCGCGACAGAGCCGAGAAAAUGGCUGAGCGCUCGAAGGAGAAUGCCACAGAUCUUCUCAUGUUUGGCAGAGAACUCAGUACGCUGGGCUCAGACUCUUCGUCUCUUCCCUCCUUGGCCUCCUCGCAGAGCACCUGGGGGACCCUGCGUCAGUCUCUGAAGAGUCUGUCUGUGGAGUUCGCUGUGUUGUCUGACAAAGCUGCUCAGCAGGGCAGACGGGAAGAGGAUGAUGUCGUGGAAAAACUGAAUGUUUUCCUGGAUUUGCUCCAAUCAUACAGAGAUCUGUGUGAACGUCACGAGAAGGGCGUGCUCCACGAGCACCAGAGAGCUCUGCACAAGUACGGCAUGAUGAAGAGGCAGAUGAUGAGCGCCUCGGUGCAGCCCAAAGAGCAGGCGUCUGUGGAGCAGCUGGAGUCAAGAAUUGUUCAGCAAGAAAACGCCAUUCAGACCAUGGAGCUGCGGAACUACUUCUCCCUGUUCUGCCUUCAUCAGGAGACCCAGCUUAUCUUCAUCUACCUUCCAAUCACAUCCCACAUUCUGGGCGCUUUUGUUAACUCUCAGGUCCAAGGACACAGAGAGAUGGGCGAGGUUUGGAACGACCUCCAGCCAAAGCUCGGGUGUCUUUUUGGUGCUAAUAAUGGACUUAAGCCCCCCAUAUGAAAAACCUGAAAACUCGAGGAGGAGAGAAACACAGCCAGGGAUGAGGAACACAACCAGGAAAAAUAAAAAUAACAGACAAUGUGCAACGCCAAACUAUUCGAUCUUCUACAAAGUCGUCCAACAUUCCAGUUAAUAAGAGGAUUUCUUUUUAGAAAUGUAAACUGAGUAUCUACUUCUUCAAUUGUUUUUGGAUUGAUCAUCAACUAUGGAACUGGAAAAAGAUAACGGGCUCAUAAAUCAGACAUUUCAUGCUCGGCUGGAUGACGAAAUAAUUUCCACUUCAAAAUCAAGAAAGGAAAAAAAAAAAGCCUCAUGUUAAAUGUUAUUUUACAAGGGACCAGCCAGCAUGUCAGCUGUGAAGGAUGACAGUAUAUUCUUGCAUUCCAACUAAUUUCUAAAGGCAUCUGUUUAUAUGUUAACCUUGUAAGAAGUUUUAUACACUUAGAUCGUUGAGUAAAUGUAGGAGGGAUAGAAAGUUUGACUGUUAAAUGUUGAGGUUAUUCUAAAUCUCCAUUCCUGAAGGUUUCUGGUUUUACACACAGAAUCAUUUUACACCAAUGUAUUUUUGAUACAGAUGUCAGUUUGUAAGGCUGUGGAGCCGCACGCUUUUGAUUCUCUUUCUCUCGCUGUAAUGGAGCAACAUAUUUGCAAUUUCUGCUUUCCUGUUUCAGUUUGUCAGCUGUUUUAUAAAAGCCUGUUCUCAAAGUGAACAAUACUACAAAGGGCAGAUCUUUGACCUGUGAAAUGGCACAAUGUAAAAAAAAAAAAAUAAAACACUAUAAGCUA